UCUCCCUCCUUUUCUUUAUCUUUUCAUUGUCUCCCUUUUCUCCUGUUAUGUCCUGCCUGGCACCUGGGAAUGGAAUCACUGGCUAAUGUGAUCUUGUUCAUACAAAAUGUUCACCAUGUAUCAGGCAAUUCCCAUAAACACAUGAGAAGAGAGUGUGUGUUGGCUGGUAUGGAAAUAAACAUGGAUUUAUCUCCUGUGGGAUUGUUGGCAUUCCACUCGUUUCUCUCUUGUUGCCCGUCAGACACUUGUGUGAGGAGCGGAACGUUUCCAGCGUUUCGCCGCUUUGAAGCCGUCUGUCUGCUCUGUCCCCGCGCUGGUCCUCAGGACGUCAGUCGCCACUUAAUGUUUCCAUUCAGCUAAUAACACUAGCACUGCAAUGGCUGCUAAAUUAAUCCAGGAAAAUUGGAUUAAAAGAAUCAACAGAUUAUCAGAAACACACGUGAAAUGGUUGCCAACGGUGCCGUCCCCUUUGUGAGUGUCUCUGCGUCUGUCCAUCCACAGCAUGGUUUUAUUUUGCAGUAUCUUAACAUAACAAAUCUAUCUGUUGCAGCCUUGUUUAUAUAAAGAGGCCAAAGGAAUUAAAUAGUGGGAAAGGGCUCAUUCCUGUUCAAAAAACAUCAUUUAUUCUAGUUUGAAAUACAAUAAUUCCCAGAUAUGAACAUUUUAAUUUCCUUUUCUCUGCACAGUUUGUGUCCUAACCUUAUGAUACUAAUCUCUUAAUUUAUUCAAAUAAUUUAUUCAACUAAUUCUUUGUGGCAGUCAUUACUAUUGUUGCGACAGAAUGAUAUUAACAUAAAACAGAGCAAACAACAACAGAACAUUUAAUUCAUCCUCUUCUUGCUUAAAGAUAAUACAAUUCAUUAUGGAGCAGCAUUUUUUCAAUCAGCUGUUUGACACAGUCUUCACAGUUUGUAAUGAGUUGUUAUAUGUCAAUCUGAAUAAAUUCCUUAGUCAUAGAUGAUAGCUGGACGGGGUGUGGCUGUGUUUUUCUACCCAUUUUCUGUGGCUUUGUGGCUUCUACUGAUAUUAAAGAAAACAUUAGAAUCAAAGAGGUGGUGAAAUUGGAAUGGAUUAGAGGCUUCAGCCGUUUUCAUUUUCCCACAUACAUAGUUCACCUAGAGACAAUCAGGAUGAUGUGUGCGUGGUGUCGAGGAGAAGUCUAGGUGAGCGCUAAAGCUGCCUUUUAAUCUACAGCGUGUCCAUACUACAUGAUAUGCAAAAUAAAUUAUGAAGAGAAGGAAAAACUAUCUUUGAAUGACCUUGCAGGCUGGAGGGUUUGAUAUUUUCUCCCUCACUGCUUAAAAUUCUUGAUAUGCAAAUGGGAGUCACAGUAAUCCCUCGUCAUUCGCUGGCAGGCUGGCAGGCAGGCAGGCGCCCGUCACAGUCUCUCCUUCAGGACCGUGUACAGAAGUGUGCUGCUGAGCGGUCAAGGUGCUUCCUGGAGACCGAAUGACACCGGAGAACUAGGACCUCACAGACGCUCCAUCAAGCUCAGCGUCUUCUUUGUCUCCAAACCUAUAGCGUCCACACGCUCUAGAUGUCAUGUUGCUCCAUGAUCAUAUUUGUGUUUCCAUUCAUAUUUUACUAGGCGGUAAAAGCUUGUUACACUUUGCACAGGCCCCUCAGGCAGCCUGCAGAGUCCAGGGGCCCCAGGAAGCUAGUGUAGAGCCGAAGGCUAGGUGGUGUGUGUCAGUGAGUCAGUGAGUGUGGAUGACGCUGCAUGAGGCCAUAUUAUCACCGCUGGCAGUGGGCUUCAUUAGGCCUGAGGUACAGUAGCUACUGUAGAUGUGUGACAUCUUCAUCACUUUGACCCAUCUAGUCAUGGAUGCCGUGUAGCUACUGGAAGAUAAGAUGUUUGUCCUCUAAUUUUCUGCACUGCUGCAGGUUUGUUUAUCUUCAAAAGCUCAAAUCUCUUCCAAUAAUACAAGACAACGGCCUGUUUUUUCCGUUAGCUAACCACAGUCUGUGAGCUGUAAGGAGCAUCUAUGGUGGACUAGACUGAGCCACUCCUCUAACUUGAAUUAAACUACAAAUGUAGGGGGGGUGUUAUCUGCUAAACCAGCAGCACAGACGGUUGACUCCCAGCCCCCCAGCCUUGAUCUGCCAUCUUCAGGCUUCAAGUCGGGGUUAACUGGGGCAAACUUGGGAGAGAAAGAUGGAGAGUAAGAAGUGGACGUGAAGGUUUAGGGAUGAGUGAUGACCUGGAAUUAAAGGAAGAAGGCGGCGACAGCCGGGUGGUGGCUGGCAGGGCCCUGCACCCGGACACAAAGUGGGGCCCUUACCCAGGAGUGAUCCAGUCAGAGGGCAGCACAGACGAGGAGAUGGAGAAUCCUACGUUGACUUUGGUGUGUGAGGAUCCAGACUGUUGGAUUCGUCGGCUCCCUGUUUCCUCUGACACAUCAGCUGCCAACUGUACCAUCUACAGCCAAGGGGAGGAGUUGUUCUGUAGGGUCACCCGAGAGCUCCCAGCAGGCGACGAGCUCCUGGCCUCCCUGUCCCGUCCUCCCAGCGCCUCCUUGCCGCCGGCGCGGCCCUCUCCUCCGCUGAGCCUCGUCACGCAGAAGCAGGCUGCGGUCAAAGAGGAGCCUCUGUACCCGGCGGCGCUGCACUCAGACAUUCAGCUCCUCCCACAGCAAGCUGGCAUGGCGGCCAUCUUGGCCACGGCGGUUGUCAACAAGGACAUCUUCCCGUGCAAGGACUGUGGCAUCUGGUACCGCAGUGAGAGGAACCUGCAGGCUCACCUCAUGUACUACUGCGCCAGCCGACAGAAGCAGCCGGCCACCGCUUCCUCCCCCCCCCACGACAAACCCAAGGACUCGUAUCCCAGUGAGCGCAUCUGCCCCUUCCCUCAGUGCAACAAGAGCUGCCCCAGCGCCAGCUCACUGGAAAUACACAUGCGCACACACAGUGGUGAACGUCCGUUUGUGUGUCUCAUCUGUCUGUCAGCCUUCACCACCAAAGCAAACUGUGAGCGCCACCUCAAGGUGCACACAGACACGCUGAACGGCGUGUGUCACGGCUGCGGCUUCGUCUCCACCACGAGGGACAUCCUCUACAGCCAUCUGGUCACUAGCCACAUGGUCUGCCAGCCCGGGUCUCGCAGCGAGGUCUACUCCCCGGGGCCGGGUCUUCCCAAGCUGCCCCUGUCCAUCGGUCUCAGUCCAGGAGACUCUGGCGUGGUCCUCAAGUGUCAGGUGUGCGGCCACAACUCGGACUCGCCUGCCCAGCUUCAGCAGCAUGUACGAACCCACCUGGAGGUCCGGGUCCCAGCCGAGAGGAGCCCCGCCCCCCGUCAGAUCACCCCGACGUCGGACGACCAGCUCCAGGCGUCUCCGCGGGAGAGGGAGCCCGUGGCCUGUGUCCCAAAGUCAGACUCCUCCAGCCCCGGCGCGAAUGACGGUUCAGCCACUCCCCGGGAGUACGGGUCACAAGAUGUCCCUCCCACCGACCUAAAGAUCAAAGAAGAGCCUCAGUCUGACUCGGAGACGGACCAGCACCCAAUGGACGCGACGGAGGAUGGAGAGGAGCGUAAGGUUGGCGAAAAGGAAGCAGCUACCUCAUCCUGGCAGACGUCCAGCUCUCCCAAGAGCCCAGCCACCACUGUGAAGGCAGAACCCACCAGUCCCACCCCUGGUUCUAGCCCGGCUCAUGUGGGGGGCGCGGGGUCAGUCCUUCCAGGAGGAGCAAUGUUCCUGCCUCAGUACAUGUUUAACCCAGAGGCUGCCAUUCUGCCACAGGCCUCAGAGAUACUGGCUAAAAUGUCAGAGAUGGUUCACAGCCGCCUGAAACAGGGCCAGACCGUCCCCCAAAACAACCAGGCGGCCCUGUUCCCCCCCGGCGCCACCGCCACCGCCCCCACGGCCACAGCCACUCCACCUCACAAAGGAGCCACAUGCUUCGAGUGUGACAUCACGUUCAACAACAUCAAUAAUUUCUAUGCACACAAGAGGCUCUACUGCUCCAGCAGGCAUCAGGUAGAAGGUGCCAAUUCAAUCUCUGGUGCCGGAUCAACAAGGGACGGAGCCGUGGCAACGGUUCCUUCAGGAGGCGCACACGCCUCGUCUGCGUCUCCUCACGGAGGAGCCGCCAGCAGGGCGGCGUCCGCCUCGCCCGCCGACUCGGACCCCCCGGCCGGGAGCGGGGCGGAAUCCCGGAGGGUGGAGGCGACAGAGACGCCGAGCGGGAGGGAGGGAGUGUCCUCCUCGUCCGAGGGGGAGGGGGGAGGCGCGAGUGUGGGGGGAGGCAGAGCAAGCGAGGGCAGCCAGAGUCCCGCCAGUGGCUCCGCGGAGGACCCGGACGAUGAUCCCAACAGAACCUUCUGCGAGGCCUGCAACAUCCGCUUCAGUCGCCACGACAACUACAUGGUCCACAAGCGCUUCUACUGCGCGUCACGGCACGACCCGUCCAACCAGCGCUCAGUCCACGCGGCCAAGGCGGCGGCAGCCGCCUUCCUCCCCCAGCCCAUCCGCACACGUAAGCGCAAGAAGAUGUACGAGAUCCACAUGGCCAGAACCGAGGCCUUGGCCAACGCCGCCGCUGCUGCCGCUGCUGCGGCGGCCGCUGCUGCCAACGCCGCCGCCUCCGCCCCGUCCCCCUCCGUGCUGGGCCUGGCGGUGAAGCAGGAGGCGUCUCCCCCCGGGCCGGGGGAUGCCAGCCCCGAAGGGGACGGUCCCAUCGACCUCAGCAAGAGGCCCCGGCUGAGAGAGGCCCCCCGGCAGGGCGGCGGCGCCGUGCUCCCCGCGCUGCCCCUCACCGACUACCACAAGUGCACCGCCUGCAGCAUCAGCUUCAACAGCAUCGAGAACUACCUGGCCCACAAGACCUACUACUGUCCCGCCACCACCCUCCAGCCGCACACCAUGGAGCAGCUGCACAGGCUCAAGAGAUCCGCCUCUACCUCUCCCAAAAGCAGGUCUCAGCCGGACCACGUGGAGCUCCCGCACCCCGCGGAGGCCAAGGCGCUGCCGGCGGAGCGGGCCCAGACCCAGCACACGGCGUCCAGCCCCCAGCCCACGUCCCCCCACCAGAAGAGCCGGGGCGGCGCCUCCCCCCAGGCGUCCUGCCCCUACUGCCCCAACAGGCCCAUCGCCUGCGACCUCAUGGAGCAUCUCAGGAGCUCGCACGGCCUGCUGGUGACCGUUCAGCUGCCCCCGGACGCGCUGCCCCAGCCGGGGGGCGCCGCCAGCCGCAGCCCCAGCCUGAGCCCAGUGAGCAGCCAGGCGAGGGCGCCCUCCAGGCUGGGCUUCAACGGUCAGUCCAGGAGCAGCACGUCGUCGCCCGCCUCCCCCCUGCUCAAUGGCAGCCCCACGGCCCAGGGCGGGUCGCCCUCGGCCGACUCCCCUCUGCCUGUGUCCCCCCCCAGGGCUCCCUCUUUGACUUUAUCACCUGUGCCUGAGGCCCUGAGGGAGGCGGUGGGCUCGCCCCACCUUCCCGACAAGGCUCCCCCCGGCGCCGUGUCCCAGCCCGCUCCGGCCUCGGCUCCCAGGAGCCCGGCGGUGUCCCCCCUGCAGAACGGCAACUCCCGCUUUUGCCGGUUGUGCAACAUUAAGUUCAGCAGCCUGUCCACAUUCAUAGCUCAUAAGAAAUACUACUGCUCAUCCCACAGUGCAGAGCAUGUGAAGUGAGCGGAGCUGCUCCACCCUUAACCUCCACUAAGCUCCAGGACUCUGCCAGGCCCCACAUGAGCACGACUGUUACCUGCUCCAGUACCCACGGAUGAUGUUCCUCCACCGUGGGUCCCAGUUUCAUGUACACUAAACCUGCCCCCCCCCUCUCUGGGCCGCUGCCAGGCCUCAAACCUUGUUGCAUUACGGAACCUUUAAGGACCUGGACUGACGACCUUUUUCUGUCCCCUUUGAACUCAGUCAUGGCGAGAAUGAAACUGUGACUGGGGCUUUUCAGACCAUGAUGCUGAUUGUCUGUCCCUGAGCUCUUAAUGUCUAAACGUGAUGAAGUUGUUUUUUAUUAUCUGUGCAUACUGUAUGAUGUCUGAAAACAGAAAUCUAUAAUGCUUUUAGUUUCAACACUGGCUUUUUGCUCACUAGAGAAGCUAAAAAACACGUGUUAUUGCAAUGUUACUAAUUACUGAAGGAUGAUAUUUCAGAAUAGACAGGUGUCCUCUUCUUUCACUUUUGUCAUUUCCUUUUAAUGCAAGGGAAGAUGUGAAAUAUUUAUCUUUUAGUCCUCACUGAUUUCAUGCCAACAGAAAACUACCUAGUGUCUGAGAGUAUUUGUAUUUUUUAUUUGUAUAUUUUUCAUACUGUUGGAGAAGGUUGUUUGGGCCUGGGCGUGUUGAAUCGUAUUUUCUAAGUGUAGAUAUGUAAUAUCUCGUCCUGUUCAUCACUGGCAUCACACUGAACUCGACCCCGGUGGCGUUGGGCGUUUAGUUUAAGCAGUCGUUCAUUGAUGCUGAGGUCCGACGUUUCCUUUUUGACCCACGUAGUCACACAGUUAAACUUUACAUCCGCGCAUAUUCUACAUCAGCAGGUCGAUCGUGUUGCAUCUGGGACGCUUCCAGAUGACGACGUGCUCGAAGCCCAAAUCAAUAAAGCGUCCAGUUACUAACGUCCCUACUGUGAAAACGUCAAAGUCAAACCAUUUGCUCUACUUACAGAUGAAGGACACGCACACAGACCAGUGCUCUGGUGUCAAUGAAGGCGAAGCAGGGAGCGGUCAUGCCGUCGUCCUCUCUCACCGCUUCACACGCUGUCAUUUAUGCACACAAGCCGUACUUGCACACGCAGUUUACGAAACAUGCUCCCAGGCUGCUGCUGCAGUUGCAAUACAGUGUUAGCUAGAACUGUGAACUACUUUUACCCACUCUCGAUGUUCCGUCAUUGUGAAGCUCAUCCCACAUGUUUAGGCCCCUGCAUCCAGAUGCCCAGUGUUCCCUCCUCCAUAGAAGUCAGAGCUUCUCAACCCCAAUUUGGACUGUUCUGAUACACUAAACCCGUCAAACUGGCCAGAUCUGAGACCAGGCACUGUUGAAAACGAUACGAGUGGAACUGUGAAGCCCAGCACAGCCUGCGUCAGUGCAACGAGCUGUUGGUCCGUCAGUAGCAUUAAGAGGCGCGUGCACGAGGCCUGAGAGGACGCACGUCUGCGUCAGACGGCAUUUCAUCAGCACGUCGGCUCCGACCGUCGCCCGUCUGGCAGCUCGGAGGACGUCUACGUCUGCGCGACCCGUUCAGAGCAGCACCGUAACAGACGCGGCUCAAUACGAACUGUUUACAAUGAUGCUGGUUCAUUUCACACAUCCAGGAGCCGAGCGCUGGAGAUCCUCCUCUGAAAAACCCUCCUUUUUAUUGCACUGUGUUGUUUAAAAUGUGCUGAAUGUUUUAGCUGAAGCAUCUUUUUGUAUUGUAUUUAUGUUAUGCGGCACUUUUCCCCCCCAAACAAACGCUUCACUAUUCUGAUUUGAAGGACUUUGUUCUACUUUGAAGAACCUUUUGUGCUCGUAAACUUGCUUUGUUGAUGAUUUCUCAGAUGUCCACAAUGGAGAAAAUCAUGAAUGUCAAAACUUUUAUUUCCAUAGUCAAAUUGAUUUCAGCUACACUAAGCUCUUGUCCAAACUAUGCAUGGGAAAUAAAAAAGUUCCGAGAGA